UGUGAAGCGUUUUGUGAUUUUUUUUUGGUUGGUUUUUAAGUGUAAUUUGCAUAUUAUUUUAAUUAAAUUCAACACCAAAUAAAAGUGAAAAGAAUACAACAAGAAGAAAAAACAAAGAGCUACGACAUACGGCGUCUGUCAAUCACAUAAAACCACUGCUGGUGUCGCAGACAGACAUAUUAACGGGAGAAUAUAAGAAUUCAGGCGUUUGUGACGGUACCUCCUCCCUAGACAAGAAUAUUUUCAAUUGCCAAAAAAAGAGAACAUUUAAGGCCCUCAUUCGAUCUUAGAUAAAUAUUUAAAUACAUGGGACAUUGUUUAAUGCAGGCAUGGUUAAGGUUUUAUAUUUUACAAAUUCUUCCUGAAUGAAAACCUCGUCAACACGAAAUCUACAAAGCACCGCAUUAAAUGCCCCUGUGCUGUGAACAACGGCUACCACAUGAAUGCAAUGUGUUUCUCUUCUACCGUGGACUCAAUUCCUUCUCGACAAGGAAACUCAAUAAAUUAUGCUUUCAGAAUAGAAACAGAAAUUAAUUAUAUCAAAGGCCAAAGAUGAGCCACAUUUGUACAUAAAUGGAUACGUAAUAGUUACACUACAUAAGAAAUUUUGUUGUACGUGUUAUAAACAAUAGAUAGAUAUUUUAAAAUUUACUAAUUAUGCGAGUGCCAUGUGUGAUGACGAAAUUUAGAAGACAACAACAAUAAAACACCCUGUCAAUUGCCCUCCCUAUACGAAGUGACUCUCUUCGCGCAAUUAUUUCAAAUCAAGUCAUUUUAAAUCAUGAACGAUGAGACAUUUACACUUGUCCCUCUAACAUUGCACAUUUCUUCUUGCUGAAAUAAUUCUUCUUGUGAGAAUAGCUGCGACUACAACAACAACACAAACAACAAUAACGAACAAAAUUGGAGCAGAGGCUAAAUACAUUAAGGCUGUUUUCGAAAGAAUCAAAAACAAAAUUGGGCAACAAAUGUUUGGCGGUCCCCAUUGUUAGCAGCUAGCCGACAAUCAAUGUUCAGCUGUUGAAUGUCUAUUUAAUUGAAAAGAAGAAACAAUCGUCGGACGAACAAGAAAAAAAUAAGCAGACAACGAAGACGACGACGACGCCGUCAACGACAUAGCAGCGAACAGCGAAUGCCUACAUUGGACAUGGUGAUACGCGUACCACAUCCAAGACAUUACCCAUAAGGCUGCCUGCCAAUUGCAAUUUGUUUGUUGCAUUCAUAAGUUCCCGCCAACAUAUAACCAAAUGACGAAAAGAUCAUCUCGCCAACUGCCGCUACAGAAGCUACAACCAAGUAUUAAAUUCAUUCCUGCCACGAUUUACUACAGCGGUAAACGAAAUAUAUUGACCAUACUAAAUAAUUCAUCACCGCAUCGGUCAUUCGUUGGAUCGGUGGUGGAUAUUUGUCAUUAUCUUGAUUGCUAUUGCAAUUACCUUCGACGCCAAUGCCAAAGAUCCAUAGAAACACAUCAGCACCCAUUAUACAGAUUAGAGGCACUGCCGAUGCUAUUGACGCCGUUACUUUGCUACUGACAGACGUUGUGAUUUUGUUGUCAACUUUGCCCCUAACAGCUGAUAAUGAAUAAACGUACCGUUAUUAUUGUCGUUGCUCUUGUGAGCAUCCUUUGUCUGGCCGUUGGGGGAAAUCUAUAUUUUAUGUAUUACUUAAAUGCUCAGGAGCCUCCACUCUCCAGUACCCGAGCCUUGGAGAAUGUCAUAAGGCACAAAAUUAGACACUUGAAGCCGGCCUAUUUGAAUCGUAACCCUCGUUUCUUUAUGUAUCGCAACAAACUAUUAAAGAACUACAGGCCUGCCACAUAUGAGAAUGCCUCCGUGCUUUGGGAUAUAGCAAAUUGGUGGCCACACGAAAAUGAAAUAUAUCCUUUAUACGAUUCGUCUAUGGGUCAAUUAUUACAAACCCUCCGUAACGAGCCCAUCACCAAGGUUAACAACUUAUCCCGAGGCACGCAACUCAAGUUGUUAGUGCGCUUAUCCAACCAGCAGAAAGUUAUAUUCAAACCCCAAUGGUAUCCCAGAGAUAUUGUGGUUGAAGGACCAGUGUAUAGUGGCAAAGAUCGUCAUAUUGCUGAAGUGUAUGCAUUUUAUUUGGGCGCAGUGCUAGAUUUGCGUUGGACCCCCAUUGUGGUGGGGCGAGUGGUGAAUUUAAAAACCGAUAUAUACGACAAAGGCGAUUCCGAAUUACAAAACACCAUGACCAUUACGCCGGGAGAUAAUGAAACGGAACAGUAUUGUCUGUUUGGCAAAUGCCAUUACUGCAAUGAAGAAGAGACAGUGUGUGGCGAUGAGAACAAUAACAUUGAGGGAGUAUUGAUUUAUAUUAUUCCCGGCCAAUUGGCAAAGAGGCGAUCGCCAUGGCAAAGAACGUACAAGGAGGAUAAACGUGCACCCUGGGAAGAUGACAUGAACUACUGCAAAUCCCUUAAAGGUAAAAUGGAGACCAUACGACUGCUCGAUCUAAUUGAUGUGGCAAUCUUUGACUAUUUAAUACAAAACGGUGAUCGCCAUCAUUAUGAGACACGCGAAGAAAGAGUGGUACUCAUAGAUAAUGGCAAGGCAUUUGGAAAUCCCCAUAAAGAUCACUUGGAUAUAUUGGCACCAUUGUAUCAGUGUUGUUUGUUACGUGCCACCACUUGGGAAAGAUUACAGGUAUUUUCUGGUGGAGUCCUCACGGAACUCGUUGACCGCCUCACCAAAAACGAUGCUCUCUAUCCACUAAUAACGGAUAAACAUAAAAGAGGCGUCGAACGGCGUCUCUUGGUGAUUUUUGCUGUGGUCGAAUACUGCAUGGAUCGCGAAGGCGAGAAAAUGUUUAAAAAUUUAUAAAUCAAAAGAAGAAAUUAAAUUUCCUCUGUGACUGGUGAAAACAAAGAAAACGUAAAACAUUGAUAAACAUAUCAUAAGUUAAUUUAUAUUUUAAUUAAACAAAAAAGACAAUUUUUGUGUAUAUAAAAACAGAACUACAUGUAAACUGCUAGAGAUAAGCUAUUUUAAAUAGACACUUGCAUAUAAACGUACAUACAUAUAAAACCCAAAUGCCAUGAUGAGAAUGUUUUGUUUCCCAUAACAAAAUCCUAAAUAAUUAUUUUUAAAAAAAAGUAUACAAACAGUCAA